AUGGCGACACCCGGAACCUUCUCGCUCGGUAUCUCCCCGGAGGAGAAGCUGGCCCUUCCUCUCGACACGCUGAUCCAGAAGGCGAAGAAGGAGAAGCCUAAGGGCACAGCGUCCGACAAGAAGAAGGGGGUUAAGGAGCAGUUAAAGAAGACGCAAGUGAAGAAACCUAAGAAGCAGAGCCACAAACAGCAUAACGUCAAGAAGACGGUGGUCGUGCCCGUGUCCAAGGCAGCUGUACGUUAA